CGCCGACUCGACGGCAGCAGUAGACUCACUCGGGGAAUAUGUACCUCGGCUUGUCCGGGGAAGUUUUCUGCAACAAUUCUUCAACUACGGUGCCCCUGAUAGAUGGAGACAACAACGUAGCUACAUUUAUUCGCUGAAGUUAAAGCAAACGGGGAUAAAUUAAACGGUUUUGUCUGAUCUACACCUCAGCGUAUCAACAAGAACCUGUUUACUGUGAUUUAAACCGGGGACAGACCACACCACUCCAAAACCAGCUUCCAGCCACCAUGUCCUAGCUCUCGUUAGUCCAGCUCCCUACCCCAACCGACCUGUCCCUUCAACCCAACCCCCUUUCUUUAUCUUUCUCCCUCCCCCCUUCCUGUCCCUUAUCUCCUCUCCUGAUGUGGUGAUUUCUGGUCGUAACACCGGUGGCGUACCAUCUGGCGCGAUGAGCAGCCUGCGCCAGCAGCAUCAUGGCAGCACAGGCUCAGAACGAGACCUUCACUCAGCUGCCUCCACUGUUAGUCUCCCCUCCAUUAGAAAGACCCCCAAGAAGCGGCGUCUUUCCCUCCACUCCCUGUUCGGUCGGCGACGUCGGCCUGACCGCGACACCAAGCGCAAGUCCAAGCCUGCGCAGGCCGGACCUGGAGUGGGCGGCAUUGUCAGCACAGAAAGUGUCCAGUCAGAGACGUUCCCCGAUAAAACCUCUGCCCACUCCCUACCAGGCGUAGCCUCGACUUCAUCGGUGUCCGGGUCUUCAUCGGAGUUCCUAGAAUGCCCCCUGUGCCUGCUUCGCCAUGCACGCGAGCGCUUCCCAGACAUCAUGACCUGUCACCACCGCUCUUGCGCAGACUGCCUGCGACAGUACCUGCGCAUCGAGAUCUCGGAGUCCAGAGUCAACAUCAGCUGCCCCGAGUGCUCAGAGCGCUUCAAUCCCCACGACAUCCAAAUGAUUCUGGGAGACCGAGCCCUCAUGGAGAAGUACGAGGAGUUCAUGCUGAGAAGGUGGCUGGUGGCUGAACCCGACUGCCGCUGGUGCCCCGCCCCAGACUGUGGUUACGCAGUCAUUGCGUUCGGCUGUGCCAGCUGCCCAAAGAUCACCUGUGGGCGUGAAGGCUGUGGAACAGAGUUCUGCUACCACUGCAAACAGCUGUGGCAUCCCAACCAGACAUGUGACACGGCGCGGCAACAAAGGGCCCAGAACUUCCGGCUGAGGAGUUUCAGGUCGUCCUCCCUCAGUUACAGCCAAGAAAGCGGAGCCGCAGGUGAUGACAUCAAGCCGUGUCCUCGGUGCGCUGCAUACAUCAUCAAGAUGAACGAUGGGAGCUGUAAUCACAUGACCUGUGCUGUCUGCGGCUGUGAGUUCUGCUGGCUCUGCAUGAAGGAGAUCUCUGACCUGCACUACCUAAGUCCAUCAGGCUGCACCUUCUGGGGGAAGAAGCCCUGGAGCAGAAAGAAGAAGAUCCUGUGGCAGCUCGGCACAUUGGUGGGGGCGCCCGUGGGCAUCGCCCUCAUCGCCGGCAUCGCCAUCCCCGCAAUGAUCAUCGGCAUUCCGGUCUACGUGGGGAGAAAGAUCCAUAAUCGUUACGAGGGCAAGGACAUCUCUAAACACAAGAGGAACUUGGUAAUAGCUGGUGGGGUGACGCUGUCUGUGAUUGUGUCGCCCGUGGUUGCAGCAGUCACUGUCGGCAUCGGUGUUCCCAUCAUGCUGGCUUACGUCUACGGAGUUGUCCCGAUCUCCCUGUGCAGGAGUGGCGGCUGUGGAGUGUCUGCUGGCAACGGCAAAGGGGUGCGAAUCGAGUUUGAUGACGAAAAUGACAACAUAGGUAGCGGGGCUGCAGCCACAGACACAACCUCAGUAGCGGAGACUAGGCUCAACAAUCCCAGCCUUGGCGAUGGAGCGAGCGUGGGCGGCCUGACAGGCCUGAGCCUCAGCGUGAGCGGCAGCCACAUGGAGCGCUGUGGCAUGAGCUCCACUCAGCGGGACAACAUGAGCGACAACGCCAGCACCACAGCCCUCGCUGGGGCCAGCAUCACCGGCAGCCUGUCUGGCAGCUGCUACAACAGGAUGGAAGUGCAGGCUGAUGUCCAGAAGGAGCGAUGCAGUCUGAGCGGGGAGUCGGCCACCGUCAGUCUCGGGACAAUCAGUGACAACGCCAGCACGAAAGCCAUGGCAGGAUCCAUCCUCAAUGCCUACAUGCCUCUGGAAAGAGACAAUAGUCUGGAGGUUCAGGCUGAUGUGGAGUCCAAACAGGAAAAGGUGAGACAUUGCAGCGCCAGCAGCAGCCUGGAUGAAGCCAGCUGCAGCAGUAGCUCUGCAGGUCUCAAAGGUGUGAGCGGUGGCACGUGCCAGUGCUCAUGUCCUUCUACCUGCUGCUGUGCGCAACACGACAGCCACCGCUGCCCUUCACCGCCUUGGUCAAAGGAACCCUCCACUUCAGGGGGCAAGAAGAGCAAAGGAAAACUGUGGAAAAAAGCCAGCAGCAAAGGAGAGACGAAAAUUAACGAGACACGAGGAGAUAUGGAUGCUCAGCUGUUGGAGCAGCGCAGCACUAACUCCUCUGAGUUUGACUCGCCGUCCCUGAGCGGCAGCCUGCCUUCAGUGGCCGACUCGCACUGUAGCCACUUCUCGUCAGAGCUCAGCUGCUCAGAUCCAGAAACCUCAAGACCAGCUCACCCCCCUUGCUCCGGCUUAUCGGACCCCCACCCUCACCCUGCAACCACCUUCAAUGACAUCACCAUCACACCAAUGCCAGAGGUGGAGCACGACCGCCUGGAGCAUUUCCCAUCUCAGACUGGCCACGCAGCCUUCACCCACCGCCUGCUGUCCUCGUCCCCACCUGCUUCGCCGAAAGAGGGAAGCAGCGGGACGUUUCUGUACAUCACAGAGGAGAGCAGAGGCGACGUUGCAGACACGGAGCCUGAGAAGGACGAGAACAUAAAAGAAACCACCAACGACACUGCCGUACUGCCUGUAAGCCCAACAAGGAAGCGCUGCAUACAAACAGAUAUCUAAAGGAACUGUGUUACCACUGCUAGCUCAGUUAGCUUCAUCACCUUCUAUCUUCACUCAUCUUGGGAAGCUGGUGAUCAGGAUAAAGGCUAUAAAGUCUAAUUAUACUUUUUAUCUGCUGUGGAGGCAGGAAUAUUAUGUGAAUGUCUAUACAGUUACAGAGAGGGUCAAGUCUAAGAUGGAGAGAGAUUGUGAAUAAAGUAAACGGAGCAGUUAAGUCAAAGGCGAUCGUUCGUUUCUGCUCUGAGACAGGACAAGCAGACGUGAACAAGAAGUUUCAGUAGGUGGAGCUGAAUGUAUGUGGACGGGUGUCAGGCAGGGUUAUAAGUGUGAGGUGAUACUGCAGAAGGCCCAUCCAGCUGUUAUGAUGAUCUGAUUUUCAGUGUAAACACCCGAGUGAUCGAGCUGACGGCUCACGGAAAGCAGAACAGAUGAAGCUGGAUCGGAGCAAGUCAAAUGUCUGAUAUUCUUUUCAAUAGUAAGCUGCUAUUAUGAAGCCUAAACCUAUUCUCCUGUGUCACAUCUGCAAAAAUCUGGUUUUCUUCGUUGGGGGAGGGGGGUUUCAAUGAAUCAGGGACGGAGACGUCAUCACUGUGGUCCACCACCUGUGCCACCGAUUCAUUCUCUGUGACUUUUUAACGGUGUGAAAAAAAACAAAACAAAAAAAAAAAAACGCACAGCUACAGGAUUGUUGAACCUUCUGUGGAGCGUCUGAACCUGAGAGGGACCAGUCCACACGUGCAGUAGCAAAUUUUAUUUUUCCAUAAUCAUCUUCUAAGAAAACUGAUUAUUGUUGCUUUUGUUUCAAAUGUGACUCCUGUUUAUUUGUGCUACGUGUUUGGCUUAUUUUUAUUUUCCAUUUUGGGAAAGUUGGUUUUAAUGUCGCAGCCCUGUGUUGGGUCCAAACUUUUUAUUAUAAAUCUGGUUGGAAUCGUGUUGACAAGGACUCAAAACUGUAGUCUUUUCAUCUUUUUAAACAUUGUGGAUUUAACAGAUAUGAUUGAGAGCUCGAGCAAAAGACAGAUGCUAUUGUGCAUUAACUUCACAAGCCCCAGUCUGCACUGGUAAACAAAUAUUUUAUGCGCCUGUGCAAAUGUUUUUAGAAUAUUACAGAAUCAUGUGAUUUAAUAAAGGGAAUUAUUCCUCGAAACAUAACAGAACACAAAAUUAAAUCCCAAUUUUUAUAUGCUUAAAUAAUUAUAGGGCUUCUUUUAGUAUUCAGUCACUAAAAACUGGAAAUUCAAACCAAAAAAUCUAUUUGCAAUAAACUCAGCUGUCAAAAAUUUCAAUACAAGAAGCGCAGACGUGUCCAGUCAAGGAAAAAAAAAAAGCUCUGAUCAACUUGUGCAAUGAGAAAAACACCUUUUAGUGAUAUAAUAUUUAGAAGUGAAUGUAUGAUGAUUUAUAAUAUUGUUUGAUUCUCCCUCAUUAAUUAAUAUCCAAAUCAAAUUAUAAUUUUUGACUCACUUUUGGUAUAUUUUACCUACGUGCUAAGACUGAUGCAAAUAAUUUUAUAUUUGUUGGACCCUCAGUGCCUUUUUGGGGAAAACGCUUUUAAAAGUUGUUUUUUUUUCCUUUUCCUCAUUCUGUACGUCUUCAAAUUAUAAACAUAUAAAUCAUAAGAGAAGGAGUUUUAUUUGCCUCAUAAAAAUGCACAAAACCUGAUGCUAAAUAUUCCCCUGAAUGCUAGAAGACAGAGCUGACGCUAACUGAUCCUCUAGCUGGUUUACACGACCAAAGACUGCUCAGGCUACUGAGGUUUAGACAGAUUAAUGGAGUCGAUGGUACCUGAAUAUUUCAAUAAAUGAGGAGAGUUCAGUUUCCUCAGACCAGAAAAGCCACGACAAAGACAACCUGAUUUUGGGGCAAUAUUUGAAAUCAGAAGAACCAAAACGUUUGUAUUUUUGGAAGAAUUUAUCUGAAAAUGGUUCCCUAAAGUAGCCAAAGUCUGAUGAGGAAGGUAAAGUUGAUUUAACCUUAGAUUUAUUUCACCAAGCGCUGUUUGUCAGCUCCUGUUGGCAAUAAAAACCCUUUUUAUCCAAAGCGAUCAGCAUCACAAGUAUCCGAAGUUCAGCUUUAGUGAGUUUUCAGCCUUCGUCAUCAGUGGUCGCACAUCGAAAGCCUCCAGCGGCAGGAUAUCCCCACCCUGAUGAUGUUUCUUUUGGUCAAAAAUACCCAUUUUAAUUCCUGUGAGUUUUAUAUUAUUAUUAUUUGAAGACUGGUGCCAGGUCUAUUUUCUAACUUGGUCAAAAGAAGCUUAUGCUAUUUGAAAAAGUAUAUAUUUCCUAAUUAUUUGCUUUGUAAUGUGCAUGUAAAUGCAUAUCCUUAAACAAUAAAAUUCUCAAUCAAG